AAGCGCGCGCAGUUACAUUCAGAGCCUCGCCAGAACAGCAGAUAGCCGCACCGGUGCCUCCUUUGCGUUAGUAUCUGCUAAAUUCUAGGAUAGUUUAGGAUCCUGCUUCACUGUGCUGGAAAACAAGCAGUUAACCAGGCCGCAGCUUGUGUCGUAACAGGAUUAGAUAACUUCAGUUCCUCCUACUCUUAAACUAAGAAAGCAGCACAAUGUUUGAGGCACGUCUGGUUCAGGGAUCUAUCCUUAAAAAGGUUCUGGAGGCUCUGAAAGACCUCAUCACCGAAGCCUGCUGGGAUGUGAGCUCCUCGGGUAUCUCUCUGCAGAGUAUGGACUCCUCUCAUGUGUCUCUGGUGCAGCUGACGCUCCGGAGCGACGGGUUCGACUCUUACCGCUGCGACAGAAACCUUGCCAUGGGGGUCAAUCUGAGCAGCAUGUCGAAGAUUCUGAAGUGUGCUGGAAAUGAAGACAUCAUCACACUCAGAGCUGAAGACAAUGCUGACGCUUUGGCACUGGUCUUUGAAACGCUCAAUCAAGAGAAAGUGUCUGACUAUGAGAUGAAACUGAUGGAUCUGGAUGUGGAGCAGCUUGGCAUUCCAGAGCAGGAAUACAGCUGUGUGGUGAAGAUGCCAUCGGGUGAGUUUGCCCGCAUCUGCAGGGAUCUGUCACAGAUUGGUGACGCUGUCAUGAUCUCGUGUGCUAAGGAUGGUGUGAAGUUCUCUGCCAGUGGAGAGCUGGGCACAGGCAACAUCAAGCUCUCACAGACCAGCAAUGUCGACAAGGAGGAUGAAGCGGUAACAAUUGAGAUGAAUGAGCCAGUGCAGCUCAUUUUUGCAUUGAACUACCUGAACUUCUUCACCAAAGCCACUCCUCUGUCCAAGACGGUCACACUUAGCAUGUCCGCAGAUAUUCCACUAGUGGUUGAGUACAAGAUUGCAGACAUGGGACAUGUCAAAUAUUACCUGGCACCCAAGAUCGAUGAGGAAUCCUCCUAAGUCCAUGUAGACUGAAGUCUGUCAUCUGUGGGAUUUCAUUCUGCGUCUCAGAAGUUAUCGCAUAGAUGUUUUGGGAAAAUGCAUUUUAUCACUCAGUGUCUGCUGUGGUUUCCAGUUCAAUGGAUUCACAAUUGUGACCCUCUAAAGCCAUUACAUAUCAUUGGCAGAAAUGCGGGCGCACUUAUUAAACGAUGGUAGUUUGGGCCUUAGCUUUACCAGGCGCUCCGUGAGCUGAAUCUAGAGUGCUCUCAUGUACAGACUCCACAUUCAGUCUUGUUUUUUCCUCUAUGCCUCUUUGUCCAUUUCAGGUUUUGUCCAACUGCUCAUUCCAAUGUGUAGAUAAUUGUCUGUAAAUAUGCUAAUUGGACACCGUUCAUCCAGUCAACCCUUAAUAAAACCUUUUGUAUCGA